CGGGUGCAAGAUGCAUCAUGGCCCCACAGAGUCUCAUGUGUGGAUUACCCAGAGGUUAUGGGGAACAGAGAUCUGUCUAGAAGCUCUGUUUGACCUUUGUGUGAGCUGGAAAGACGAAGUGAAAAAUGCAGGGAACUGUAGUUGGUUACAGCCUGCGCUACUGGCUGACCCUGAUCACGGGGUUGCUGGAGUGUCUGUUAUUUGCCGGCCUGGUGUUUGGCCAUGCCUCCCUGGUGUUUGUGCUGAAGAAAGAGGAAUACUUUGGUUGGCUGUGUGUCAACACUAACAGCACAACGGAUAGUAAAGACUGUAGUGGUCAGGAUGAGCAGUUCUCGCUGGUUUUUACUGUGGCCUCCUUCCUCAACAACUUCCUGACUCUAUUAAAUGGCUACAUAUUUGAUCACUGUGGCACACUGCUGACCAGACUGCUGGCAAUAGCCCUUUUUAGUGGCGGUACAUUGCUGGUGGCCCUCUCUAGCCCAGAAUUUUCAAAUCUGCUUUACCCCGCCCUGUCUCUCCUUGCUGUGGGUGGAGUCCUACUGCUCAUAACUAACAUGCAGGUGGGCAACCUGUUCCCUGCUCAUCGCUCCACCAUCAUCACCUUCUACAAUGGUGCCUUUGACUCCUCCUCUGCUGUGCUUCUCAUCGUUAAGGUGGGACUGAUAAUUGCUACACUCAUAUUUGUCACACACAUUAGAUGGAUAAAACAACACUGUCCCCACACUAGUGCCACUACUACUUUACUGAAGUGCAGUUUUAUUCUUAUUUGUUUUCUGACGUUCAGGAUAAACUGUGGAAAGGGAAACACUGACACUGUGGAGGAGACUGAGAUAAAGGAAGGUCCGCCGACACAGGAGUCCCCUGAGACGGAGAACACGUCGCUGGCACCCGAGGGUAGGACAGAGGCUCAAAACACAGAAAAAGUGCAGUCGUUCGGCAGCUGUGUCAAGUCCAGGUUCUUCAUAUUUCACCUGGUGUGGUUGUCCAUCAUGCAGCUGAGACACUACUUCUUCAUUGGCACGCUCAACUCCAUGCUGAACCGGCUGGCUGAUGGUGACUCCAACCUGGUGAGCCAGUACACCAAUGCAUUCGCAAUAACUCAGCUGUGUGGCAUCCUGUGUGCCCCCUGGAACGGACUCAUCAUGGACAGACACAAGAAGAAGCCUCUGGCUCCGGGAGAGACGGAGCAAGAGGCGGACCUGCGCUCCUCCUACCUGUCCCUGCUCCUGACUGCCCUGCAGUGCCUCCUCUUUUCUGUGUGCACCUCCAUUGCUUUUCUCCCACUGCAGUACUUCACCUUCAUCCUGCAGGUCCUCAAUCGCUCCUUCCUUUAUGGGGGGAAUGCAGCCUUCCUUAGCAUCGCUUUUCCAGCCUGUCACUUUGGGAAGCUGUAUGGCCUGGUGAUGGCUGUCUCCGCUGGAGUCUCUGUGCUGCAGUACCCCCUUGUCUCCGUGGUCAGAGAAUAUCCGUUUUAUGUGGACAUCAGUCUUAUUUUUCUCACUCUGCUGGCGUUCAUCCAUCCUACAAACGUCUUCAUCCACUGCAGAAAACAAGGCCGCCUCAGGAAGGACCAUCCCGAGAAUCGAGCCAGACACUCGUCUCACCGUCUGUAG